AUGGGCGAUGAUAUCAGUGCUGACCGUGGUUUUGGUCGUGACCUGGAUUCUAUUCUUAUGAGUGAGAUGUAUGAGUUUAUUUUGAUUUCUCAUCCUCCUGAGGUCAAGAGUCUGAAUCCGUUCUCGCAUUUGUUACCGUACAAGUUACAGCAUGCCUUUUCUCUGGCUGAUUUCGGUUAUACUACCGAGGUACAAAAAUUACUGGAACCUAUUAGCAAGGCCACUUGUAAGGAGAUGCCUAAGUUUGGUGAAGUGCUGGACAGUUUGAUGCACAGGGUAUCUGCUCUGGAUGGUGCCAGUAGUGGCAGUUCGGGUUGGUUCGGUGGAAAGCUUGCAAGACCCAAGUUUGACAAGAUCAUGAUGCAGUCGUUCAACAAGUUUGUUGCUGGAGAUGAUGACACUCCCGUGAGCACAAACGAGACUGCUCAAGAAGGUGGUAUUUUCAAGCGUUUGGCUAGUACUCCUGCAAAUGUUACCAGUAGUGCACCUGGAUCUAGUCUCGAGACAAGCCCUAAUUACUUUAACCAGCAGCCAUAUGCUGCCAGUCAGCGCCAAGCUUCACAGCCUGCUAUUCAUCAACCAAAUGAGUAUGCUCCUAUUCCAAGAACACAUUCUCUGCAGUCAGUUGGUCCUAGUGGUAAUGGCACUAUCUCAAAUGAGUACUUGAACCGUGUUCAAUCACACGCGAAUGUUCCUUUGAUGUCUUCGGCUUACGCUCCUCAUGCUCCACAUGCUCCUCUUGGAUCACAGGCUCCUCUUCAACCUUUGUUACCAGCCAAUGGAGUCCACGACAUUACAUCCCGCUCAGCUGCCACAUCGCCUAAUUUCGGACUUCGUAAAGCAUCUGCUGCUCUUAGUUCAGAUACCUAUGCUAUAGAUAGUCGACCUACCUCACCAGCAGCUGCUUCUGUUGGCACUGGCCCAUAUUCUCGUCGCUCGUCGAAUGCUGUAUCUGAUGAGCCAGUUAACAGCGUCUAUGCUCCACCCUCAAGGACCGGUAGCAGCCAAAGUGCUCGUCCAGUUUCUCGUCCAUUUACCCCUGAGGCUCCUGUAUUACCACCACCAACUAAACCUGUUGAUGCCUCACCCGUUUAUAAUAAGCGGGAAACUCCUCAAGUAUCGCCCAAGUCUAAUAAGACUCUGAACUCGUCUCCAUCCAAAUCUGUUCAUAACCCGUAUGCUGUUCAACCAAGUUCAGGAUCAAGUGGCUCUGUUUCAAAUCCUUACAACCCAUAUGCUCCUCAGACUAGCCAACCAAAACUAGCUAUAUCGAGAAAGCAUGUUUCGUCGCCUUACGAAGCUCCUGCUAAGGCUAUCGACUCCUUAGAAGAAAGCAAAUCGGAAGAACAAGAAGAGCCUGUAGCUACUGCUUCAUAUGGUUACAACCCUUAUGGAGCCAUUUAUGGUGGCGAAGAUGUACCAGCCACCGCUGGGGUGGCACCUUCUGAACAAGAGGGUGAUGCCAAAGAUCAGACAGCUGAUGAAGCAAGAGACGAGAGAGAUGAAACCAGGAGAGAGGAUGAGAUUCUAGAAGAGGAAAAUGGCCGGGAAGAAGAUCUUUAUUCCAGCUACGAGCCUCCAAGUUAUGGGUUCCAAGCUGAGCCUAUUGCCGAGGAUAAUUUUGUCGACCCAGAAGCUUCUGAUAGCUAUUAUACACCAGCAGUAGCCGCUCCUGCAUUCUCAGCUCCAACAUUCAGUGCUCCUGGCACUUCGUAUCGAGCACCACCAACAGCCAUUCCCGAAGAAGAUGAAGAAGACGAAGACCUCGGUUUUGCGAAUGCAAAGAAAAAGUCAGAGUCGGAAGAUUCUAAGGAGAAAGAAGAUGAGAGAGAUGAAGAGGACGAGAAAUCAGAUUCCAAGACAAAAGGAAAAGAAACUUCAUCCGAUGGUAAAAAGGGCUGGUUUAGUGGAUGGUUCAAGAAAGGUGAGGAUGAUGGCCAACCAAAGGCAGUUCGAGCCAAGCUUGGCGAAGAGUCGUCGUUUUAUUAUGACCAAGAACUCAAGAGAUGGGUUAAUAAGAAAGCGCCUUUGGAUAACGCAAAACCUGCUGCGCCAGCACCUCCACCAAAGUCAUCCAAACCAUCUGCUGCUUCAACACCGGGUAUUCCUUCUCCUUCUACUGUAGCCACUCCAAGCCCUGUUGCUACUCCUCCAAUAGGUGGUGAAAGGGCGGCAUCGGCACCAGUCAGAGCACCACCAGGAAUGCCAGGUCCUAGCUCUUUAUCAGGUGGUCCCUCGCUUUCAGCGUCGACUUCAAGCUCUGAUCUCCGAAAGCCUUCUCCUUCCUCCGGAGGUGGUUUAGACGACCUCCUUGCCAGCGUUCCUACUACUCGUAAACCAGCAAAGAGAAGUGCUCGAAAUCGUUAUGUUGACAUUAUGGCUCAAAAGUAA